CAAAGAUCAUUCCUGUAGAACUUGACUAUAUUUUGCCAAAAUAAACAGAGCAAACAGGAAAAUAUCAUUAAACAUGCUUCGAAGCUUGUGCCUAAAACCAACAAAGCGGGCCAAGAUUUUCCAUUGCAUACAAAAUACUCAGCACACAGGACCUGCAGCUGGUUUUCUAAAGGUUUUCUAAAUGUUUGCGCGAUAUAACUCCUGCAAUGAUUGAAUUAUCAGAUACUGCCUGACCUGCCGAGUUCCUCCAGCACUUUGUGUUUUGCAGUACUAUUAACCUGGAAUUUUCACGCAGCAAGUUCACAAGAAAAGAUCAAACAUUCUUUAAAACGAACACAAGUAUUGGAGUCCAAAUGGAAAAAUCUUGGACCUGCCUCAAGUACCUAAUGUUUCUGUCCAAUAGUUUAAUUAUUGCAGGAGGUAUUUGUUUGCUUGGAGUUGGCAUUUGGGUGACAACCAACCCCAAUGGCUUCAAGAACAUUGUGGCUGCAAACCCAUUAAUAUAUACAGGGGCCUACAUCAUCCUGUCGGUCGGGGUCAUUCUCUUCUUCCUAGGCUUCCUAGGCUGCUGGGGAGCAAUCCGAGAGAGCAAACAACUGCUUAUGACAUUUUUGCUGCUUAUUUUGAUCAUUUUUAUCCUGGAAUUGGUCGCUGCCGUCCUUGCAUUAGUCUUCAGAAAGCAGAUACAAAAGGAUUACUUUUUAAAAGAAUUGCAGAUGAAAUAUAAAGGUGACAAUUCUACCGAUGCUUUUUCGAAGACCUGGAACGUAAUUAUGAUGGAUUUCUCCUGUUGUGGUGUAAAUGGCCCUCGAGACUUUGGACAGAAUUCCACUUUCCACUGGCUUUUCCCAAACAGACUGCUCCCCGAAUCGUGCUGCAAGAGGAAUAGGGCAUCUCCACUGGAGCACAUCCUGGAUAAGAGCAAAUGUGUACAAGGAGACGCUGGCUACAUAAAUAACAAGGGAUGUUUCUCAAUGAUUGCAGAGAAUUUUCGGAGCUACGUUCAUUUAAUUGGUGCAUUCAGUAUAAUAGUACUCUUAAUAGAGCUUUGUGCAAUGGGUUUUGCAAUCUUCAUAUACCGGACCUAUAACUAAUAUUGGUUAUCAUCAGGCCAAAGGAAUGAAGCUAUAGUUCCAGUCACUUUAAACAGAAUACAGGCAGCAUGAGAAAUCCUACACUAUCUGAUCAACAACUGAAUGGAUGAGCAUAGCUGGCAAUGAUCUACUAAAGCUACAAUCAAAACAUGGCUGAAAUUGGCUUUGAGGAGCAACAAAGAACCACCAGGAAGAUAAAAGACAACCAUCUUAAUACUUUUGUCCAAGUCUAUAUAAUUUUGUUACUUCUUUUGACAAUACUCUACGUAACUUUACAUUCAGAAUUACUGCCCUUUAUUCAAUGGGUUUAUGGCCAGGUGUCAAAGUAAAAUGAAAUUAAUUAUUUUACAAUGUAAUAGAUAAUAUUGUAAACUUAAUUCUCAUAUUUUUUCUGUAAAAAUAUUGGCAAUAGUGACUGUGCUUUUGAGUCUAAAUCUGAAUGCAUGCAAUGUAAAUGACCCUUUUAAUUUAUUAUCCCCAUUGCACUUUGUAGUUUGCACCUCACCGCUCUUUCAAUCCCCCAACAAAUAGCAGUGCGCAAGUUUUGUGUUUUUGUGGUCAUUUGUGAGAAGACUAAAGUAAUACGUAGCACCCUUCUCAAUUAAAACCUUCUAUCCCACACUACAUUCCCUUCUCCGCAUCCAGUUGGGAAUUCAACUUGGUCGCAUCGCCAAGCAAGCUAGCCUGCAGAGAAUGGAAAUCUACCCGUCCCAAAAUCCCAUCAAACAACGUGCUCUCUGUCAUUCUGCUGGACAGUGCAUUAACAUGUCAGAAACGAGUUAGUUUAUGUUUCGAGCUGCCACUGUAGGAACACAGUGUUUUCCAAUGGGUUUUUCUCUGAGAAUGAAAGGAGAUAGGUGUCUUUUUUGUAGUCAUGCACUGGUUUUAUCACCUUGUUCUGGUGGUACACACAUGCACACACACACAGAAAUUCACUUCAAUGCAGAGUAUGGAGAAACAGCAACAGAAGACAUCACAUAUUUUUCACGCUAACAUUUAUUUAUUAUGCUAUGCCAUUAGGUCUUUGUUCACAAUGCUUGUCAGUCCUCUGUGUAUUGAAAACCUUUAAAAUGAUUCAGAUCGAGACUUAAUGAAGCAUUCAUUCCACUGGGCAAUGCCUUCAGAAAUGAGUCUGCAUCAGCUCCCUUAAAAUGAUUAUUUCUAAUGCAAACAUAAAUUUACUUUUAAAUUCCCACAUUGAUAGUUCCUUAUGAUGUAUGAGACGGGCUGGGAUCUGAUACCAGAACCAUAAACUGAACUUCUUAUAAA